GCACGCGGUUCUAAUUAUAAACUCAGUCUAGAAAUAAUGGAUACUUUGCAAGCAUCCACGGAAUUUCUUAACAAUUUACCGGUGAAUGACGUGGAAAAAUGUGACGAGACCGAUUUAAAUAAAAUUAAAGCCCUAGUUACCCCCGAACAAAUACUGAGUGAUACCGUUGCGCGAAAACGAAGAACAUUAUCGAAAAAACACACAAAUAGAGUGCGAGAACAAACGCCCGGUAGAGAUGUCGUUGAGAACACAAGCAGCGAAGACGAACGAAUCGAAAAACCGAAAACUCCCGAACGCCGACGUAAAAAACUGAGCAAAGUCAAAAACGACCCUGAUAAUCUCGAACCUCGCGAAAGCACCCCGAAGCCAAACGAUCAAAAGAAAAACAGCCUAGUAAGUACGACCCAAAAUGAGAUCUUGGCCUUGCUGAACAAAGCGAAACGCGGACUGAACGCCAAAAAAGAAAUCGCCAAGCGCAGCCAGUCCGUACCUUCCCAAUUACUCGAGUUUGAUGAACUGAACAUCGUGACACGAAAAUCUUCCUUACGAACCACGAACGAUGUACCUAAAGCUCCCAUUCGCAAAUCUUCAUUUCGGAAAACCGCCGACGAGCCCAAACCUGCACAUAUCCCCGACGAACCUAAGGUAACCAAACGAAAAGUCGCAGACGCGAUUCCGAAAAGGAAACCCAGCCCGUCUCCGAAAAUAAUCGAGAUACUCGAUCCGAAAACGUCAAAAGUGGUAAAGAAGAUCUCGAGAGGGGUCCCAGAGCUUCGUGUUACUCUGAGGGGGUUAAUUUGCAUUUUUAAAUACUUGUCCGUAAGGGAAAUUUAUAAACUUUAUCAAGAGUUUAAGAGGGAGAGGUGGAGAGAGUGGGACAAGAUUAUGCGACUACGGAAUAAAUGCGUAUCAGAUCUGCUAGCUAUUAUGAUCUUUUGUGGACUCGGUGGAAUCAUGUUUAAAUACGUGGAGGGGGCGUUCGAGAAUUUCUACAAGUGCGGGGUUAAAAGAGUGAAGAGGGAUUUUAUUGACGUGUUGUGGUACCGCAGCCACAACCUACGCGAGGACGAGUGGAAGUCUCUGGCGCGUAGUAAGCUGCGCGUUUUCGAAGAACAGCUGCAUGUAGCUCACGAAGCCGGCAUGCGAACUUAUAGCGGACAGCGAUCGUGGAGCUUCCUUAACGGUGUCAUCUACUGCUUAACAAUCGUGACCACUAUCGGUUACGGUCACAUGUUCCCUACAACAAACACGGGAAUGGCUCUCACAAUUGUCUACGCAAUCAUAGGAAUUCCACUAUUCCUGAUUGCAUUGACCGACUUCGGCAAGCUGUUCACCCGUGGCAUCAAAUUCGUUUGGUCCUUCGUGCGUAGAUUGUACUACACUGGAAGCUGCCGAAAAGUACGAAAGACGGCUCAUGUGCAGGACCUUCUUCAAGGAGCACAAAUGGUUUACGACAUCGCGAGAUUGCGAAAACCUUCAAUGUUUGUGUCGGCCCAAGACGCCGAAAAUCCGAAGUCGCCUGGAACAGAACAUUCGGCAACCCCUACCACGCCAGCCCUUUCACAUUUUGAAAUCGACGACGAAUUCAAUCUACCUAUAUCGGUGGCCAUUUUUAUAUUGGUGCUCUAUAUUUUCUUGGGCGCGGUUAUGUAUUGCAUUUGGGAGAAGUGGGAUUUCUUCGGCUCCUUCUAUUUCGUAUUCAUCUCACUGUCGACGAUUGGUUUCGGCGACUAUGUGCCGAACGACCCCUUCUGCAUGAUGGCAUCCGUCAUUUAUUUAGUUUUCGGUUUGGCCCUCAUGAGUAUGUGCAUUAACGUCGUUCAAGUCAAGCUGAGUGACACCUUCUCGGACGCGUCGGCGAAAUUAGGUGCUACGAUCGGAUUAAAUGUUAACGAAGAAGAUGGUAGCAUUGAUACGGUAACUCCCGCUCCAAUUGAAAUCCCAGACGUUCACCAAGACACAUCUAAGAGUGAAGAUCGAGAAGUUGCGGUCAGUAGAAAGAGUGGGAAAAGGGACAAAAGUAGUAAAACUAAUGACAGCGAGAACAACGCGGCUGAAAAUGAAGUGACUUCUUAAUGUUUGUUAUUGUCUCAGUUUUUAUUGCAUUGUGAAACUGUAAAUUGUGAUUUACUUGUAGUUUAGAAUUUUGUUAUUGUUGAUUUAUUUUCGAGAGACUGUGAAAUAUAUUUGUAUAAAUCUUUUCCGAAUACCUGCUACAAUUGUUAUUGUAUUGUAACAUAUCUAAUGCCAAAGAGAAAUCAACAAUGAGUGUGAACUUUACGCGCCAAGUCCCAAGGUUGUCAGGUAUUCCAUCCCAAGUUACGCCACUGGAAAAUGUUUUGGCGGGAAGUGCACAAUUCAAUUGCACACGGUCGGCAAGUAGAUGCGCUAUGGUUAUUUCCUCAUGAGUGCUGAAGAUUGUAGUGUAG